CCUCUCUCUCUCUAGCUGCCAGGUUCCUCCAAUCCCGACAGCCAGCGGUCCCGAAAUCGACCAUUACGAAUCCACGAAGCUCGACCUCAACUCCGUCCGCGACCUCUGACUUCCCGGUCCAAUUCGAACCUCAACCCCUUCCUCGAGGAGACGACUUUUGAAUACACAACCUCAGUCACGAUGCCGACCCCCGAGUCCGCGAUGUUCCUGGCACAAAAGCCCAAGGUGCCCCCAACUUUCGACGGCGUCGACUACGACGACACCAAGGCAUUCAAGCAAGCACAGGACGCCAUCAUCCGCGAACAAUGGGUCGGCGCCAUGAUGCUUCGUCUUGUCGGCGAGGAGUUGGGCAAGUGCUACAAGAAGGAGGGCGUUAACCACCUGGAGAACUGCGGUCACCUUAGAGAAAAGUACCUGCAGCUGUUGAAGGAGAAGAAGGUCAAGGGCACACUGUUCGAGCAGCAGAACUACAUCAGCAAGCAAUAGAUGUGCUAUGUUAUGGGAUGGAGUAGAUGGGUCUGUUGUGAAGCAAGGGACGGCGCUCUCGAAGGUGACCUCUUUCAGGAUUUAGAAAUGAGGAACGCAGAGACGAGGCUGUGACGGUACCACGUCAACUGGCCGGCGCGUGAUGGGCGAUAUCCCUCACGAUAUGUACAAAUGAAUCAAACAGGGCUUCUGAAGUUAUGCAUCUAUCCGUUUUCCAGCUUCCGGUCGCCCAAUGGCUCUCGAAACAGCUAGCUUGGAAGAUUUUCUCAAUGCCUGCUGUCAGAGAAAGCAGAGAAUUAUCUUGCGUGC